AUGAUCCCGCAGGAGGAGCACCCCGACAUCAACUUUGUGGGGCUGCUCAUCGGGCCCCGGGGGAACACACUUAAAGCGAUGGAGAAGGAGACGGGCGCGAAGAUCAUAAUCCGCGGCAAGGGCUCGGUGAAGGAGGGCAAGGUGGGGCGCAAGGACGGGCAGCCGCUGCCCGGCGAGGACGAGCCGCUGCACGCCUACAUCACCGCCACCAACGCCGACUGCGUCAAGAAGGCCGUCGAGAAGAUCAAGGAGGUGAUCCGGCAGGGCGUGGAGGUGCCGGAGGGGCAGAACGACCUGCGGCGCAUGCAGCUGCGCGAGCUGGCGCAGCUCAACGGCACGCUGCGCGAGACCGACGGCCCGCGCUGCGCCAACUGCUCCGCGCUCGACCACAAGACCUGGCUCUGCCCCGACAAGCCGAACGUGACCAACAGCAUCGUGUGCUCGUCGUGCGGCGGCGCCGGCCACAUCGCGCGCGACUGCCGCGCCAAGCGCCCCGGCCAGGGCCAGCUGCUGCCCGCCGCCAGCAAGGCGAAGAUCGACGAGGAGUACAUGUCGCUGAUGGCGGAGCUGGGCGAGGCGGCGCCGGCGGGCGGCCCCGCGCUGCGCCGCGCCGCGCCCGCGCUGUUCGCGCCGCACACGCCGCACCAGCCGCACCAGCCGCACCCGCCGCGCGCCAUCAUGCCGCCGCCCGGAAUGUGCGGGCCGGGCGGGCCGGGCGCGUUCCCGCCGCACCCGCCGCACGCGCCGCACCCGCAGCACCACGCGCCGUGGCUGGGUCAGUUUCUUUAG